UCAUGGGUUCCAAGACACGAGCCUGUAUGGUCCCAUGAUCAUCGAGGACCCCACCGACCCGGCCGAGAUUGGAUACGACGACGAGCGCAUCCUCAUGAUCGGCGACUGGUGGCAAAAGCCUCAUUCCCAGCUCGAAAACGAAACGCUGUCAUCCGUGGGCUUUGACUGGAAGGGCGACUCCAUUCUGACCAAUGGGAAGGGCCUCUUCCAAGGAGCCUGUAGCUCGCCUGGGCACUCACUCGAAGUUGUCACCGUCGACCGCAAUCGUCGCUAUCGCUUCCGGAUCAUCAACACUGGCACUCUGCAUCAGCUCGCCUUCCGCAUCGCCCAGCACCGCAUGCAUAUUGUCGAGGUCGAGGGCCAACUCGUCGAGCCGCUGGAAGUCGACUACCUCGAGUUGUCGCCGGGCCAGCGCUACUCGGUCCUUGUGACAACCGACCAGUCCCCAGGGGACUAUUGGAUGAACUCUGUUCCACGAUAUCUCCCGAUGGACAAUGUCACAGGCCCGUCGAUCCUGCGGUAUGUCGGCGGCGUGGAGACCUUGGAGGCCUUUGAUCUUCCAGUCGCCAGCUCACUGCCGUCCUUCCCGCUCGAGAAGAACAACUGGGUCACGGCGCAGUUGACAAGCAAGUUCUCUGCUCGUCGGCCCAUGCCAUCUCAGCCAGAUCUCACCCUGGUUUUUGAAAUCGGCUCGUCAAUCAACAACGUUUCAUUUGCCCCACCUGCACCGGGCGAGCUGCCCCUGCUGGAAUAUGCCUACCAGAGACGUCUCCCAGCGAACCAAGCGUCACGAUGGAUCGAUCUGGGCAACAACACCGUUGUCGAUAUUGUUCUUCAAGCCAUCGUCAAUGACGUGGGCAUCUGCGACUCGCACCCCUGGCAUAUGCACGGUCAUGGCUUCUGGGAGCUUGGCAGCGGCAGCGGCAAGUUUGAAGACGGCCUGGCCGAGACACCUGCAGCUCCAGUAUUCCGGGACACCUCCGUCCUAUACGCAUAUGUCGAUCCCGAAGAGCAGGGCCGCCUGGUCGAGGGAACGCCAUGCGGAUGGCGCCACAUUCGGAUGCUGACCAACAACCCCGGACUUUGGGCACUCCACUGCCAUAUGACCGUCCAUGUCAUGAAGGGACUUGCUGUUGCCUUUGGACAUGCUGGCGGACUGAUUCGCAGCGUGGGGAGCGGCUUAUCAGCCGGAACAUUCGGCUGCUGCAACCAUACCACACAUGAACAGAGCGCUGUCACUGACAGACAAGGCCGCAUAUCGGUAUCUCGAAUUCUGCGGACCUAUCUGCUGCAUCAUCCCACGAGCUGAAGCAGUCAACUACCUGUGCGAUCGUAUUCUCUCUGCGGUCGCCCUCGGCCACAAGACUGAUGCUGCUGCUCAAAUGCAAACGCCGCAACCAUCCGCUUUCAUCCCGUCAAAAGCAGCGGGCCAAGGUCACAGCCCGAGAAACCCCUCUAUCGCAUCGGCAUCCUCAGAGCUCACUGAAACAUGUCCAAAACCCGCGCCUCGGGACGGCCAAAUAGAUACUUUGAUGACCUUUGUAUUUUCC